AUGGAAUAUGGUAUUAAUUUUAAUAGUGAUGAUGCAAAUAAAAAUAUUUUAUCCGCUUUAGAAGAACUAGAUAAUACUUUUUUUGUUGAAAAUAAUUCAAGUUCAGAUGAAAAAAAUAUAUCGGAUAGUGAUGAUAUUUCCGAUUCUGAUAAAAUUGAAGAUCUUGUAGAAAAUUUUAAUGAAAUGCAUCUAAAUAAUUUUGAGUUUGUAGAGAAUCUUGAUAAUUAUAUUGAGGAUAAAUUCUAUGAUAAUUUAAAAUUAAAAGUAAAAGAGCUUUUUGAAAAAAAAAAAUGCUCAUGUAAUUCUAAUUGUUUUGAGAAAAUAGGCUAUGAACGAUUUCUUAAACGCCGGGUGGAAUUUGAAAGUUUGGAUAAAGUUAUGCGAGACAUGGUAGUUAAGGGACAGCUUAUGGCUUUCCAGCAGGAAGAAAAUACAAAAAAAACAACCGCUAUUAACAGAAAGUUUUCACGUUUCAAAUAUUGUUUUAAUAAUGAUCUUCCAAUUUGUCGCAGCACAUAUCAGGCUCUUAUUGGAGUUGGACAUUUAUAUUUAGAUAAUGUAAUAAAACAUUUACGAGAAAAUGGUCUUGAAGAACGUAUACAUGGUAAUACUGGUAAUGUCCCAAAAAAUAUGAAUCGUGUUGAUGUAAAUUAUGAUGUAGCAAAUGGAAUUUUUAAUUUUUUAAAAAAUUAUUCCGAUAUACAUGGAUUACCUUCACCUGGACGAAACUUUAAUAAAAUAUCCAUGCCAGUAGUAUUUCUUCCAACAAGUUACAGUUAUAUGUCAGUAUAUCGUGAUUAUGUACAAGCUUAUAAAGAUGAAUAUGGAAGGGAAAUGCGAGCUGUAGCUGAAUCAACUUUUCAUAAAAUCUGGAAAUUACUAAUACCAUCACUCCAAUUUAUGUCACCAAAGUCUGAUUUAUGCGAAAAAUGUGAAACAAUGAAGCUAGAAAUUCAACACACUACACAACAUGAAAAGAAAUUAUCAGUGACAGAGAAUUAUUUGGCUCAUUUGAACCGUGCAAAAGAAGAGCGUGAUUAUUAUAAUGCUAAUAUUACACGCGCAGUUGAAGAUGGUAAAUGUAAUCCAAAUAGAACUGAAUCUCAAGUAUUUUUUAAAACUUUUGAAGGUAGUGCUCACAUUACGUAUGAUUGGGCUCAAAAUGUGCAAGUUCCUUAUUUUCCACAGCAAAUAGGAAGUUUAUUUUUUAGAAGUCCUCGAAAAGUACACUUGUUUGGGGUUUGCAAUACCGGGAAUUUUCCACAUACAGAACAAACCAACUAUGUUAUUGAUGAAGGUGAAAUGCCUGACGAUGGUAAACUGGGAAAGGGUGUUAAUUGUACAUUAAGUUUAGUUUGGCACGCUAUACAAAAAUAUAAUCGUGGAGAAAAAAAAUUAGUUAUCACGUGUGAUAACUGUGUGGGUCAAAAUAAGAACAAUUAUUCUUUAUUUUUCUAUUCAUGGUUAAUUGAUCGUGGUCUGUACGAAGAAAUUGAGUUGAAUUUUAUAAUACCUGGGCACACAAAAUUCAUUUGUGAUAGUUGUUUCGGAUUAAUUAAGAUUCUUUAUAGGAAAAGUAGAGUAAAUACUGUAGACGAUGUAACUUCUAUCAUUAAUCGUUCUACUAUAGUUCGUCUUAAUACUUCACAGCGUUAUCUAAAUGAAGAAGGAUUUCAGUAUUAUAAUUUUAAAGAUUUUUUUCAAAGUUUUAAAAAAUUACCUAAUGUUCAAAAAUACCACCACUUUUAUUUUAAUUCGCAACAUCCCGGAGUUGUUUUUUAUAAAGAUAGGCUUGAAGAUAACUAUAAAGAAGCCACAAUUCAUAACUGUACUUAUGCCACGAAUAUUUUACCAUCUACAAUUAGUCCCAGACCCCUUUCCUUGAAAAGACAAGAGGAAUUAUAUAAGGAAAUUUCCUCUUUUGUUGAUUUACCCUUUCAUGACAUUACUUGCUCUAAGCCGAAUGAAAAUGAAACAAGUUAA